CGAGUGGAAAUUAUUGAAAGCUGGGCCAGUCCAGUCGCCAUGUAGAAUUUUUUGAUGUGGGUGUUGUGUCUCGGGACGUCAAACGCUUCAAUGAUUAUUAUUUUCAAGUGGACAUUAAUUUUUGUGUAAAUCGUCAUCUGACUAUGAUUUUGUGACGUUUGUGCAUUCAGUGAACAAUUGAACAUAUUGCAUUGUGAUAGUGUACCAUCUAAUCUGGUGACGGCAGAUAAUAAACUGGAGGGGGGCCGCUGAAAUACUACGAUAGGAUAGUAACGACGUUUUACUACUCGAGAGCGCUCAUAAAAUUUCUCAUCUCGGCGCGGGCGAGUCCGGACUUCCAUUUUGUUUUAUUAUGCGGUCUGGUUGUUUACAGUGUGCGUCGCGCUCGGAACAAUGGAAAUCAACGGUAGUGUCGGGGCGCGCAACGAGUGAUAUGUGGUAGCGCGAGGGGGUGAUGCAGCGAGAGCAAGCGGGCGGCGCUCCCCCGCCGCACGCCGCCGCCACCGCCCCCGCGCAUCCACACUACCGGACCAACGCACACUACACUGAUAUUGAUGAUCAGAUUCCCGCUUCAGUAAUAAGUAGCGUCGGCACAGUGAGCCUGUCGCAAACCUCGUCGAACCCAACCUCGAACAUAACUAUGGCCAAUCCGACCAACCCUGGCAACGCCAGCAGCGGCAAUGCCACUCAGCCGCCGGCGCAGCAGACACCCUCGCAGGCUCCCGUGCGCAAUCUGCCCAAAAAGCGCAAAUUCGACCCAGCUGUGCUCGAGGAGAUGGAGUCAACCUGUCCCAAUAACAACACCAUCAACAUCAAUACUACAACAGCGCCAGCUCCGGUCGAAUACCACCCGCAGAACUACCAGCGGCCAAUGCUCCAAACGUCGCCAAUAGUCCAACAUUCGCCGCCAAUCGAUCUCAAACCGUAUCAGUAUCCGAGCGUCGAACUGUCUGAGUGGCGCGAGUAUCGGGUGUUGGCCAAACAGCGCGGGCUGUACAUACCAGGCGUGAUACGUCACGCGGAAGGCUGCAGGGUGACGAUUGAACUGGACGGGUACGAUAACGAAUCAGUGGAGUACAGUGACAUUUUCGGUGUGAACAAAUGGGAUGUGAUAAGUGACGCGAGCCCGCAGAUGAGCCAUUUGUCUGUGGGCUCCGCGUGUGUGGUCCGGACUACCGACCACAGCCGGGAGAGUGUGCAAAGUGUGUUCGUCGAAGGUGUUGUUACCGAGGUGCUCAACACGCCGAUAAGGAUAAAAGUUAGGGUAAAAGGCAGUGAUAUGUGCGAGGACACAGUUGAAGUGAAACGCGCGGACAUACGCCUCCUGCAGCCGCCGUGGGCUGACGAGCUGGAAGACGCUGGCUCGCAGGCCACUUGCACGCUGUCGUAUCAACAGCACCCGCGCAUACACCAUAUGCAGCCGCAGAUGGGCGGCGAAAACUUCUUCACGUCGUCUCCGAUGCCCGUAGUGAAUGUGGGUGCUCUGUCCAACGGGUCCAUGGACGAGUUCCGCAAGAGAACGUUCGACGACUACCCGGAGAGCGACGACGAGCUGCGCCGCGAGGACAUCAUGUUCCCCACGGACGUGUCCCAUAUGGAUUGCAGCAACAGCAAGCGCAGCAGCCUUCAGAGUCGAGGCAGCACGUCGAGCCUGCUCGAACGCAGUCUCACACCACGAUCUCAACCCCCUACUCCUAGAUCUCAAGCGGCAACACCGCACAAGUACAAGAAGGGCGACGUCGUAUCAACGCCUACCGGCAUACGGAAGAAGUUCAACGGCAAGCAGUGGCGCCGCCUGUGCUCCAAGGACGGCUGCACCAAGGAGAGCCAGCGGCGCGGGUUCUGUUCCCGGCACCUGUCGCUGCGGGGCGUCGCCAGGUCGUCUAACACUCCGUUGGCGCAGGGGUCCACGCACACGCCACAGCAUAGAAGCAGCAGCAAAUCGUUGUCGUCAAGCGGCACUGGAGUGGAAGGCGACGAGACCUCGCGCGAGAGCGAUACGACGCCUCCGCACUAUCGAGUCACGGGACGGUUCGACCCGGACGAGACUGAGGCCGCUAAUAUGCUUGUGUCGCUGGGCAGCUCGCGGUCGGGCAGCCCGGGCGCGUCGCCGGUGGGCGCGCGCUCGCCGGCGCUGCGCUCCAACGUGUUCGUGCCCAUCUCGUCGCCGCAGCCGCCGCACGCCGCGCCGCACCCCGCGCCGCAGGCGCCCAUCUACCAUCACCUCAUCAGGCCUGAAGUUCGAUCAGGAAGAGUGAGUUCACCAGUUGGUGGAGUGGCAACCAGUGUUAUAAGGCUUUCACCGGCCCCAAACUACCAUUAUCCGGUGGAGAAUCGAAACGGUCCUACAAUACUGCAGACGAACAGUGUAUCACAGCCGAACGUGGUUGGCCAAUCGGGACUCAGCAUCCAAAGCUCUAUACAAACGACCAUGAGUACACCAUCGUCAACGCUGUCGAACCUUUCUCUACCGUCAAGCAUAUCGUUAAAUCUUAAUACGCUUAACCAGACUAGCAUCGCGAACACAAUACGGAACACAAACGACUUCGCUCAGAACCUGGUAGUCCAUCGAAACAUACCGGCGACGAACGGUAUCGAUAUCGAUCAAAUCUAUCGAAGCCAAGCGCCUCUAUUAAGGAACGGGAUACACGAAUAUCGUCGCGACAACGACAUGUCGCCACCUCUAAACAAUCACGAAAAUUUUUUGAAUAGAAGAGUCUCGGAGUACGACGAUGAUGAUCACUCCGCGCCGCAGAGGGACAUACUUCGGAAUGUGAUGGAACGUCCGCCGGAGUUGGCCGAGACUCGCGUUAUCGAUGAUAAGAGGAUCGUAAAGCCGGCGCCCUUGCCCGCUAGGCUCUUGUCUGUCGUCAACCCUGACGCCAAAGACCCCAUAAAGACAGUAUACGUCAUACCACAGAAUAUAAGUGACAAGAAAUAUUUUUUGAUAAAAAACGAGCCAGCGGAGACUAUACAGAUAGAACAGAAAGUGAAUCAUUUAUCUCAACAGUUAAAUAACAACGAACCGGAAACAGAACACAGGGGUUUAGAUAAUGGUGACCAUGUGAAUAACGUUAACAGCGCCGUUAUAGUUCAUCCGAACCAACUACUGCCGGUGCUGCCGCCGCCCACUUCACAUACCGCUAUUAUUGUAUCAGGCGGAGUGGGCGGGGUGGGGUCGGUGUCGAGCGGCGCGUUCCCGUGGUCGUCGCUGGUGCCGCUGCUGAGCGCGGCGAGCCCGCCCGCGGCGCCCGCGCCCCCCGCCGCGCCGCCCUCCCCGCGCACGCCCCGCACGCCGCGCACGCCGCACACGCCGCACACGCCGCACACGCCGCAUACACCGCACACUCCACAUACCCAUAUCAAAACUGAGGACCAGAUCAAGACUGAAGCUAAUGACCCAGUGACGUCAAUGUGCACGGACGAGGACGAUGAAGUGUUUGAAUGCGAGGAGCCGGGGGGCGGCGACGAGUCUUCCAAACGUCGCUCGCAAAGCCUCUCCUCUCUCAACUCUCCUGCUAGUACGCAAGAUAAGAAAGAACGCCGCAUCCGUCGUCCGAUGAACGCGUUCAUGAUAUUCUCGAAGCGGCAUAGGCAAGUGGUGCAUCAGAUGCACCCGAACCAAGACAACCGCACAGUCAGCAAGAUACUGGGCGAGUGGUGGUACUCGCUCAAGCCUGAAGAGAAACAGAAGUACAACGAACUUGCCAGUGAGGUAAAAGAAGCUCACUUCAAGGCACACCCGGAGUGGAAAUGGUGCAAUAAGGAUCGUAGGAAAUCAUCUAGUAGCAAAGAUCCAACUGGUUCUAUGCCUCAGAGUCCUCGCACGCCGUCGGAAGCGUGCGUGUCGGCGGGAGCGGGCGCGGCCGCGGGACGCAACGACGCGCCGCUCUACAGCCACCACACCUCGCCCACGCUCAGCGACGACGACCACAUGGUGACACAAACAAUAUGUGAAGAGAGAGAGCCACCGCCACCACCACAACCGAUCGAGAUCGAUCUGAAAUGUGGCGAGAAAGUUACUGACUCCGAUUCUGAAGGCAUCGACGCGAGGGAUUACUUGCCAUCGCACCACGACCACACCAGACGGCCUAAACCUAUUAAAGCCAGAGCCGGUUCGUCAGACAACUUGCUUGGCGGGAUAACAGCGUCAAGUCCGGGAGGUUCUAAAGUGUUCCAACCCACUGGAGGUGCUUUUAAAUCGACCCAUGCAGAUUCUGGCGACAACCACAGACAAUGGACUGCGUUCACAGCAGUCAAUAAAUCAGUUUUACCACAAGUGCCCAGCUCUCCCCAUCCCUCGCAAUCGAUCGCCGCAAGCACGCAGAGCUUAACCAACAGCGUGCAGGGAAUAUCUCUAGGCACGCCCAACUUAUCGACACAGGCGGCGCUCGACAACGCUAUAGCGUCGAUAAUGAACUCUCCAACUCCCACUAGUGGUGUGCAAGUGAUAUCGAGUGGAAUAUCGAUGCCAAAUCAUUCGAUUAGUCAAGCGCAGACGUCGACGGCGUUGAGCAACGCGCUGUUGAAGAGUGUCACGUUUGUCAAGAGAACCGCUGGUGAUAAUACUUCAUGCCCUUUGACUCUGUCGGUGGACGCGGCGGGCAACUUGCUACUGAAGCAGAGCAGCGCGCCGGCCGUGUCGCACGCGCCGCACGUGUCGCACGCCGCGCAUGCGCCCGGAGACCCGCCGCUGCACCUCGUGCAUCUGCAGCGACUGUACGUGCCUGCGUUCAAUGCUGAUAUAGAGACGGCGAAAACAUCUCAACCAAGCCAGAACGUUCAAAGCGGCCAAACUGUGAUAGUGUCGCAGAGCAAUAGCCAUGCAGUGCCAAAAUCGAUAUCUCAAUGGGAGACACCAGUAGAGGAGACGCGUCCGUUCCCGCUGGCGCCCACUCCUGCGCAGCUCGGCCGUGCGCCGCUGCAGAAAAGACUGAGUCGCGGUACAUCAACAGGCUCAACGGGCAGUAACAGCGAGCCGAUGAUCCCUCGUUCCGAGAGUGGACCCUCAACUCCUCACGAUACGACCGAGCCGCCGUCACCGAAAACGGCGCCUCCGACUUCCAUCGCGUCGACGCCUAACCAUACUGGAGAAAACCUGCCCAGCCCGCUGCACAAGAAGAGCUUGUUCAAGAAGGGGAAUGAGGAUGGACGUGAUAAGGUGCUGGAGACUGUGAACUUCGAGCAGAAGUUCAGCACGUUGCCGCAGUUCAAGCCGGAUGCUUGCAGCCCGGGCGCCAUGGCGGUGCCACGCAGCCCACAGAUGUACAUACGCAAGAAGAAGAUCGGCAUGGACGAGGACGCGACAGUGGUGACGCCACAGAUAGAGACCGAGGUGCUGAACGGCAACAGCAUGCCGACACCUCACACCACCACUAACAAAUUAGUUGGCAACACUUUCUUCGGACCGGACUUUAAUCUUGACACUUUUCGAGUGUCGGAGAGCAUGGAGGAGAUGUCGCCGCGCACGCCGAUGUCGGCGGCGGGCGGGUCGGCGGGCGGCGCGGCGGGCGCGGCGGGCGCGGGCGGCGCGCGCGGCGAGGCGGGACACCGCAAGGUGCUGGAGCAGCGCCGCAACCUCGUGCUCAAGCUCUUCAACGAGCACGGCAUGUUCCCCACCACGCAGGCCACCACGCACUUUCAGGCGAUCCACAUGGACAUAUUUCCAACAAAAUCUUCUUUGCAAUUGAAGAUCCGCGAAGUGCGACAGAAGAUGAUGGCCCAGUCAAACCUGACGCCGCAUUCGGAAGUCAACACUCCGACCAACGUGAACUCACCGAUAGUGUCCGCGUCCCUGCAGCCGACGUCGACGGCCAGUUAGCGCUUCGGGUACACCAUAUCAAUCGUGGUGCAAGAAUGAACGCUCAACGUACGCCGUUAUAACGCCACCCCAUACGCCCAUUACAAUGUACGCAAUAUUAUCAUCAUCGACAAAAUAUUGUAGCUUUCAUAUAUUUUUUGUUAACUCAUUGAUAUUUGAAGAUUUUUAAGAAAGUUACAAUGUUUGUGUAGUUGGGUAUGUUUGUCUGUUUCCGUCACGUCGAGUUGUGAUGAAUGUUUUUAUCGAUGUUAAAUGUAUCGAUAAUAAGCUCUAACUGUAAGAUCUUGUUCAAUUUGUGUCGGCACGGUCUUCGUAGCUUUUGUCAGACUUGGUGCACUUAUUGUUAUAUUUCGAUCUCUUAAAGAUCUGUUGACGUGUUUUUACAAGUUGAAUAUUAAAAAAGUCAUUCUCAAAUUAAUUAUAUUCUGUGCACAAAAAGCAAUCCAGGUCUGAUUUUGAAAAUAUAUCUAUCGAUAUCGAUGAAGAUGCUCACGCGUGUAUCGCGACUUGUUUUUAUCGAUGGUGUUAUUGUAAAAGAAAAAGUAACAAAUGCUCCGUCGCAUUUAUGGACUACUGCAGUGACAUUUUGCAGUAUUCCAUUGUUAUCCAAAUGAUAUGUAUAUAAUAUUUUAAUUAAGGUAUAAAACGACAAAAAAUACAAAAAACUAUGAAUAACGUUUUAGUAUGUUGAGUAUUGGCGUUGAUGUGAUUAAUUCUUGAAACUUCGAUUAUUUCAUACUCUCGGUCAUCUUAACAAAAUUAUGAUCAAAUUUUGAAUUGAAAGGUUGCAGAUUUUAGUUUGAAAUUAUAAGAACAUGUGAUGUGUCUUAGAAAAAUUCCACUUUGAUGUUAUUAUAACGCCCAAAUAUUCGCUUAAUUAACGAAAUUGUUAUCGAACGAUCGCGAAUGAUACGAUUGUGUUUACUUCACUGUAAUCUGGCAUUAUGGGCACGAUCUCAAUACAUUUUUAUUUGUAUAUCUGUAUUUUAAGAUACUUUUCGACGAUGCGUGUUUGUGUAUUGUUUAGAUUAUUUUAUUUUUUAUGAAUAUCUGCACUUUUCCACUUGCAAGUAAUCAUUCCACAUGUAGAAAUUGUUUGAAAUUUUAAGCGGCUUUUUGUUUUAUUUUUAAUACUAGGUGAGUAUUAUUCAAAAUUUAUAGAAGAAUAAAACUUCACUGGAAGGAUCGUAUUGGUAUUUAGUUGUUUAAAAACUAUUGAUUUUGAAACAAUUGUUGAUAACUUGAUGUAUCGAUUAUCGAUAAACUAUUUUUUUUAUAAGUUGCAAUAUUAGUUUAUAUCGAUUCGUUUAUUAAUACUGCAAGUGGAACAGGUUUUUAGUUUUAUGACUAUAUAUUUAGAAAAUGUAUUGACUGAGGACAUAUUGUGGUAGCUUACAUUGUUAAACAUUUACAUUUUAAUGUGUAACAGCGAGUUUAACAUUAAUUGCUGGUACGAGUUGUAGCCGUGGUAAAGCAAUAUUUUGUGUCGAAUACGGUCGAAGUAUGAUGGUUAGAUGUUAAUAUAUGCAUUUAUAAUGAUAAUCAAAGUUAACCGGAUUCGAUAAACCCUACACAAAAAGCGACGUUUGGAACACUACGCGCUUAUCGAUAUUGCUGAUUGUAACACCGAUUGUUAAUCGAUAGUAAUCGAUUAGACAUCGCUUUACUGUGACUGGGUUUUAUAAUUAAUGAACUCGGUUUCCAAUGUCAUCUAAGUAUGUGUGUACUAGAGAAUGAAUGUUCAUCAUAUGACGACAAGUAUGCGAUAAGAUAUGGUGCGUUUCUUUUAUUAUUUAUAUAUUUAAUUAUUUUGUAUCGUUUUCUAUUUAUGUUGUGAUGUUGGUCUUCCAUGUGUUUUAAAUUCUUUUUCAUUUUUUUAUUCUAAGGAGUAUCUACUUAUUUAAUUGUUUUUUAAUGUGUAUAGCGAUUCACUGAGAAUGCAGUUUUUAGUAGUUUUGAAUGCCAUCUACGAUUGAAUAAUAUUAAUGAUUACACGAAAUGUAGAAAUUUCUAUAAAUAAAUUAAUAAACAAAUACAUAGCGAGACAUAAACGUUUUCUUCUAUAUGUAAGCGGAGUAGUGGUCAUUUCUAAAAUAUCAUCGGCAGUGAUUUUCAGAACCAGCUCAAAUUAAUAACGACAUUAGCUAAAUCAAUAUAUAUUAUAAUCUCAUUGUGUAAAUAUUAGAAUUAUAUUUCUAUAUUAGUGCUAAGUAUUGCCGGCUCUCAAAGUGAUUAGGGUUUUAUUUAGAUAAUGCUAAUUAUUAUAGAUAAAAAUGAAAAGAUAAAUAUAUAAUUUAUACAUGUGAAAUUUCGGCCAAUACAAAUGUUAUGUAUAUCAAAAUUGUAUUUUUUAAAUGAUCUCUUCGGCGUUAUAGUGUUAGAUAAUUGCUUUAGGAGUCCGGAAGAAAAGAAUUUAUUACAUAAUAUAAGUAUAAGAAAUAUUUUCGCACUGUUAAAUAUAUAUAUCUCGGUAAUCGCGUAUGGGUGGCGAUGCCAAAAUCUGAAACUUUACCUGCGUGUGCGCAUAUAUACAAAUAAUACUCUUGUUACAGUGUAUCAAGUAUAAACGUUCAAAUUUUCACAAUUUGGUGCGUCACCCCGCGUAGUCAAUUGAACAUAUUCACAUAUGUUAUAACACUCAUACGAAUAUAGAACUGUUGUUACCAGUUAGUCAUAAUAUACACGCAUUACAUUAUUUUCCUUCUAGUAUCGUUCUGGAGCCGAGUCUGGCGCCGUCUAUAAACCCCAAUGUUACUGAAUUUGUAGUGUAACUGACGAAGUUUUAACUUUUGACCCCCACUUUUCUACUCCACGAUAUUUCCGAGAGUUCUGUAAAAUUAUCGUAUCAUACAAUAGUCGAAUAGUGAUAUUAUCAGGCUUAUUUUCAUCCAUAGAAAUCGUAGUCACAUUUCUCUAUGGCAUAUGAAUCAAUUUAAAACUAAUUGACUAAUAAAUAAUACCCGUUUGUUAAUGUCCCUUGUACAACACUACAUUGUUGCCACAAAUAUAUAAUUGUUUAUAUAUAUAAUGCAUAUUGAAUGUAUCACACGAAUUUUAAUUAUAACGUGCACUGAGGUUGACGCUGCGGGUACGUUUUCAUACAUUUUUAAUUAGAUUCAAAGGAUUAACUAAAUCAUUGAGAAUCUAUAAAAUAUGGUGGUGAUAUCUUUAUAUUACUUUAGUAAAAAAUAAGUUAUACACUUUUGCUUUGGGUGUAAAUAGUUUACGUGAAGUGCAUCAGUUGUACUAUACACUUAUUUGUGGGCCUUUGGUAUGUUAUAAAAAGUGGUAUAACCUAUUUUUUAUCUAUCGAGUUAUAAAGUUGGUGUUGUACUUAGUUAUUGGUAUUCUCGAUAUCGAUUGGAGAGAUUUAAAAUGAUUUAGUUGAAUCCCGUGUUAUGUAAGAGUAGGUAUUGUUUCAAUUAUAUACAAAUAUAUAAAAUUUUAAAUGCAUAUUCAAAAAGUAUUUCACUGUCCGUAGGUGUGUGACAACGUACUUGUUUCGCGUACGAUAUGUAAUAUUAUUUACACAUACUGUUGCAAUGACUAACAAUGAUUAUAAAAAUAAAAAGCGCGUUUUGUUUCAUGGUUUAUGAUUGUGAUAGUUUGUACUAAAUGUUUCAAUUUGUUUUUUAACUGUCCAUCACUGUGUUUGCCUCUUGUUGAUAGUUCUUUUACGAUAAACACGUUGAGUUUUGUGUGAAUGACUUGGGUGUUAUGUAUUAAUUACAAAUAUGAAACAAAUCUUAAUGAUGAGGAACUGCGUAUUACUAGUGCCUUAUUGACUUUCAAAUCUUAGUAUUUGCGCACUUUUGUCUUAUGUCGAUCGACUUGCAUCGCCUUCAUUGAGUCUUAUUUUCCAACCUAGGCUUUGUCAGUCAAUAAAAGAACAGGGCGAAUAGGCAGUUAUUUAUUAGACUGAAUUAACUUUGUUGCAUAUAACAAGUUAUAAUGAUAUAUUUUAAGAAACAUUAGCAAUUAUUUCAAAAGGACAUUUUGAAUGAGCAUUUCAUAUUGUUUAUUUAUUUCUUCUACAUAAGGCAUUAGUCUAAUUAUUUAGUCGAAAUGAUAUCAUGUAAAUAUCUUGUUUAGACGAUUUAUUUAGGUUUAAGUGUUCAAUUUAAUGUAUAUUAGAUUGAAUUAGAAAAACAAAAUGGAAACUAACUGAGACAGUAAAUACAUUUACACGAUGGGAUUUUUUGAAUGUUUUUGACUCCAACUAAAGGACCAAGGAUUGUCAUCUUAUCUUAGACAAUGUAUUCAGUCAACAAGAAAACAAAAUUAUUGUGUGCAGUUAUUUAGUGAAAACCAUAGCAAUAUGGACAGUUUGUUCAAGCAUAUUGGAUCAUUGUACGAACUUAUGUUAAAACAUAAAAAACCUCGAAAACAU